GAGAAUGCAGGUGGAGAAACGCGCCUGUAUUACGCAGCGCGGAAGGGCUUGUGCGCGGCCAUCACGUGGCUCCUCGAGCAGGGCGCCGACGUCAACGUUGGCUGGCCCAGAGCUGGUGAGACGCCACUGCACGACGCCGCUUAUCGCGGCCAUUGCGAUGCGGCGGUCCUCCUGCUCGACGCGGGCGCGCGAGUCGACGAUCGCAACCGCUACGGAAACACCGCUCUGCACCGGGCUGCCGCCAUGGGAGGACACACCAACAUGUGCAAGCUCCUCCUGAGCCGCGGCGCGUCGCUCGACGUGCGCAACAACUCCGGCGACGACCCCGAGGCCCUCGUGCGACACCGCGGCCGCACGGCCACGGCCGACCUCCUC